ACUUUCAAUAACCAAAAGUGGAGGAUCCCAGUUAGUAAAUGAAUAGUGUUUCCUCACUCACCUAGAGUAACAUUUUUCAUCCAAUAGAAUCGUCAUCAUUGCUGCUCUAUUCCAGAGAAACACUGGAAUAAUUAGUGGGUAACAAUCAGAGUUGUAGGAUUGAGAUGGCUGAUAGUCCGAGUGCACCUACAGAGGAGAGCAAUGGAAGUCCCCGGGUAGAAAAGGGCUGGGGUGCUCUAAAAAAACAUGCUAUCGAGAAUAAAGUUAAUAUGGCCCUGUGGGCUACAAGAAUUUCCACUGUUCUCUUUACUAUAGGAUAUCUAAUUCCAGUAUUUGGCAAUCCAUACAAUGCUUAUUACAAGGCAUUGAUGAGCAGUGCUGCAACGAGUGCACUGCGUCUUCAUCAGAGGGUACCAGGAGUACAGCUGAAUACUCGAUUCCUCGAGCUUCUUCUUGUGGAGGAUUCGUGCCACUAUUUACUCUACUCGUCGAUAUUCCUCUACGUAGCACCUGUGACUUUGGUGUUGGUACCAGUAUUUCUCUUCGCUGUCAUGCAUUCCGCGAGUUAUUCUCUAACAUUGCUCGACAUUCUGGGUCAGAAUAGCGUUUGGCAAGCUAGACUCCUUAUAUCUAUCGUUGAAUUCCAGUCACGCACUAUUUUACGUCUCUGUGCAUUUUGUGAAAUUAUUAUUUUGCCACUCACUAUCAUCCUCGUUUUCACUGGUCGUGCAGGAUUGUUAACACCAUUCAUCUACUACCAAUUCUUGUGGAUGCGUCUUUCAUCGAUGAGGAAUCCAAACACUCGCAAUAUAUUCCGAGAGAUAAGAAAUGCCUUGUCUUCUGCAGCUGUAUCUCCAUCGAUGCCACGAAUUUUGAAAUCAUUGAUCAAUGCACUCCUUCGUGUCACCCAGCACAUGGUGCCAGUGCAAGCUCCUCAACAGUAAUUGUCCUGGGGGAAUGCAAUGAACGAAUUUAUGAUUGAAAACAAAAAAUAAAAUGCAUAAAAAUCGUUGUUCUCAGUUUGAGAAUGAUUGCGAAUUUUCAGACUCAUCUGUGGAACUUCUAACGAACAAGUGAUUAUGUCACAACUUUUUUAUAACUCUCGGGUUUUGAAUGGAUAUUAAGAUGUCGUAAAAAAACACUACCGCAUUGAAGCUGCGACUCAUUGAUAAGUCAGUGCACUGGAGUGGAUUUUAUCGUCGAAUUUGAUAACAUGAGAAAGGAAGACAAUUUUGUAUCAACUGAAAAGUCUAUCCCAUUAAAUCAUAAUCUCCAACUGCCACGAGACUACGAAAUAACGAAAUAGUACUUGUGACACUUUAUCGAUGCCUUUUGAUUUCUCACAAUAUUAACUGUCAUAUCAAUCUUCACUCGUGACACUCAAUUACAUGUUUAUCGUUUGCGUGAUGAUGUACAUACUGGAAGUACAAAGUUCUUUGGAAUAAGGUUCUUCGGUCCCGUUCAUUUUAUGAUAUCUCAUUUUAAUAGUCCAAUGAUUUACUUCUUUCAGUAGUGACCCUUUACAUUCAUUUAUCUGGAGGAUCAGUUCUAGGUGCCUAAAGUACAUGAGCACUAUCACGUACUCGUUUCGUACAAUUUGUUUAAUUAUUUGUGGGUAAUGUAAAAUCUAUUGUAAGAACACUGAAUACUUUAUGUUAUGGUCUGUGGAUGUUUCAAUAAUAAAAUAUGGAAAUUGUUUAUUACA